UGGCCAAUGACAAAAGUUGUAAGUCUGGAACUCGGCUACUUGUAUGUUUUCUAAAAUCUCCAGAUUUCGUAAAAAUAAACGAUUUGUUCUAUUUCCUUUUGACGUACACUACCAAGAGUAUUUUAUCGUUGAUCUAAUGGAUUUCUUAAAGGCAGAGAUAGAGAGGAAAAAGAAACAGCUUCAGAAAAGUGAAGUUUUGAAAGGUGAUAAAAAGUAUUUCAAACGAGGGGAACUUGCUGCCAAACAAGAAGAGGAAUAUUGGCAGAAACACAAACGAUACAAGACAGAGCACCCAACACCUAGUGUAAGUCGGCUACAAGAUGAAGAGAAGGCAGACAGUGGCAGUGAUACGGAAUCUGGACUACAGCUCCCUAGGAAAGAGGUGAAGAGACGUCUCAGGGAGAGAGGGGAACCAAUCAGAUUGUUCGGAGAGUCAGAUCUUGAAGCUUACCAAAGACUCAAAAAGCUUGAAAUUUUAGCACCAGAAAUAAAUAAGGGUUUUAGAAAUGAUUUGAAAGCUGCUAUGGACAAAGUGGAUGCAGACUACCUUACUGAGAUCAUCAAGACUGGUAGUGAACAACAGACUAGUAAUGCUUAUGAUGUGAAAGUUAAAGAUGAAGGAGUAACUGAAGAGGAUCUCAAGGUUUGGUGCCAGGAACUAGGUGAUGAUGAUGAUAAAGGGCAAGAAAUUUUAUUAAAAUAUUUUAAAUAUAUCCUUUACCUAUGGGGAUGUGAAUUAAACAGAAGACAAGAUGCAGUGAAAAAAUCUACAAAAGGCAAACUUGCGUCAGCGUUACAAUCCCAAACUUUAGAAUAUUUAAGACCAUUGUUUGUAUCUCUUAAAACAAAGUCCACAGACAAAGACAUUCUUCACAGUCUAAUGUUGAUAGUUAAAGAGAUGCUACAGCGGCAGUACCUCAAGGCUAAUGAUUUAUACUAUGAAAUGGCUAUUGGAAAUGCACCAUGGCCAGUGGGAGUCACUAUGGUUGGCAUUCAUGCUAGGACUGGGAGAGAAAAGAUCUUUUCAAACAAUGUUGCUCAUGUACUCAAUGAUGAGGUGCAGAGGAAGUACAUCCAGGCUUUAAAGAGACUAAUGACCCAUGCCCAGAGAUUCUUCCCCACUGACCCCUCUUUCUCUGUGGAGUAUCAGCCUACAAUACAUUGACACUGUAGACAGACCCUCCUACUCCGUGGAGUACCUGCUUACAAUAGAUUGAUAAUGUGUUAUAACCUCUUACUGGAGUACCACUGUACCAGCCUACAAUAGAUUGACACUGUAGACCCUCC